AUGCAGGAAGAUUUAAUGGACUUCCUGACUGAGGAGGCAUCCAGAAAGAUCAGCAGCGUUUUCUCCCAGCUCUCCUUGUUGCUGCUCAAUGAAAACUCUGCCCUGAAGGCGCGGCUGGAGCAGGUGGAGGCUGAGCUGAGGAGCGUGUCUGAAAGUUUGGAAAAUGCCAGGCUGUGGAGGGAGAACGUGCUGAACGGCUGCCCUGUGCUGUUUGAGCAGAGCGGCCUGAUCUUCACCCUGAAGCCACUCGGGAGGCUAAACAGGAAGACGGACGACGCCUCGCUGGGGGGCGUAGAUCCUGCUGCAGAAGCGGAAGGUGUUUUAGAGGAUUCUUCUGCAACUAAAAUCCCUGAAAUGGAAAAGUCUGAACCCCAAAUCAGUCAGGACGGCGUUGUUAAAGCCAAAGGGAAAGUGUUUGUUUGUGAGCUCUGUAGGAAGAGCUUUAACCGUCGCUUUCACCUGAUGAAGCACAUGAACACUCACAAAGAGCAAAGGCCGUUCGCCUGCAAUCAGUGCGCCAGGAAAUUCAGGAAUGCGGAAAACCUGGAGCACCACCUGCUGCGCCACGAAGAGAAGAAGUACACCACCUACAAGUGCCAGCACUGCGAGAAGACUUUCAAGACGAAAAUGAACCUGAAGACCCAUCAGCUCGUCCACACCGACCGCCGACCUUUCAGCUGCAGCACCUGUGGGAAGGGCUUCAAAACGAAGCACAACCUGCAGGCCCAUCAGGCCGUGCACCUGGCUGAGAAGCCUCACAAGUGUUCAGAGUGUGGGGAGGGCUUCAGAUACGCCAUCAGCCUGCAGUGCCACCGGAGCGUUCACACCGGCGAGCAUCCCUACACCUGUGCGGCGUGCGGCAAAGCUUUCUCCAGCAGGCGGUCGCUGAGGACGCACCAGGCGGUCCACAAAGGGAAGGUGUUCACGUGCGAGACGUGCGGAGCGGGAUUCACCCUCAGGCAGAAUCUCCGGAGACACAUCCGCAUUCACACGGGGGAGAAACCGUUCGCCUGUAAAGUCUGCGGGAGGAGCUUCACGCAGGACAACAAGCUGAAGGCGCACAUGCUUCUCCACGGAGCCACAAAGGCCUUCAUGUGCGAUUUGUGUGGAAAGACGUUUCUCUACAACUGUCAGCUGAAGAAGCAUCAGAAAUCCGCUCACGAGGAGAAGCAGGCGUUAAGAAGGCCACGUCUGGAGCGAGGCCGGCGCAGGGUUAUCUACCGGCAAGACAAAACAACGGUGGACGUGACGCCGUUCAGCUGCAGCACCUGUCACAAAGGCUUCGACUCAGCCACCUCGCUGAAGAGGCACGAGCUCAUCCACACGGGCGCCACGCAGUACACCUGCGACCAGUGCCACAAGUCCUUUUUCUACAAGGCCACCUACGAAUACCACCGCAGGAUCCAUUCUGGAGAGCGCCCGUUUGCUUGUGACGUGUGCGGGAAGCGCUUCAUCAUCCGCCAGGCCCUUAAGUCCCACAAACUGCAACACUCUGGGGAGAAACCGCACAGGUGCGAGCAGUGCGGCAAGGAUUUCAGGAUAUACACAAACUACCUCAGACACCUCCGGAUCCACACAGGGGAGAGGCCCUACGAGUGCGAGGUCUGCGGCGCCCGGUUCCGGCAGCUCGGACACGUAAAGUUUCACAUGCAGGUCCACACGGGAGAACGGCCGUAUUCAUGCAGCAGCUGUGGGCUUGGAUUUUCAGACUCCAGGCUGCUCAGGAAACAUAGCUGCAGUGAGAAAUCAAAGAAGACAAAAAGCAGUUGCAUCGAUCGGUGUACGAACAUUUUCCCCAACAUGUCCGAUUUGGUGGCGCGAGUUUGCGCCAUUUUGGACGUAAUGGUAACAGCAACCGUGUCAGAAAUGGACAAAGUUAUCUGCAAUUCUGCUUCGACCAGUCCAUUUGAGCCUCCACCCGGGACUGAAAAUAAACCAGAGUCCUCGGACGAUAAGGUGAUGCAGUUCAGUGUCUUCGUGGCGUCUCUGGCUCAGGAAGCUGUGCAGAAGAUCUGCCAGCUGUUUGACGAGUGUUCCUCUGUGCUGCGGCUCGAGGUAUCGCAGAGUGCGGAGGAGAUCGAAGACCUGAGGAGGAGACUGAGGGGCGUGGAGAUGGACCUGAAGCUGGUGAUGGAGGGAGGUGCAGAGCUAGGAGGCCAGGAGGAAGUGACAGAUGAACCACUGGAGGAGAGGGGGGAGGAAGAAGACAGAGUUGUGGUUGCAGGUGAAACUGGAGUGAGGAGGUCGCCUAUAAUUCAUCUUUGGAAACACAGAAACUACGGGGACAGCUUCCAGCACGUUUUAAUAAAGCAGGAGAUGCUGGAGGCCUCAGCCACUUCUGAUCAGCAUCCAGAGGAUCCUUCCCAGGAUGAAGAUGAGGAUCCGGACUAUAUGGUGGAGGCAGUAGAUCAGGGUGACUGCAAUGACCCGGUUUAUACAAUCAGACGUAAAGCCUUCACAAAGCCCAGGUCUCGGAUCAGAUCACUAAAGGACCUUCAGGGUCAGAAGGAGCAGCUUCCCAGCAGCAAACUCCGCAGGAAAACCUUCAGCAAGCUGCUGCUGCUGAAAGCCCACCAGGCCGUGCACGGUGCCAACACAGAGAAGCCCUUCAUCUGCUCCCAAUGUGGGCGUGGCUUCUCCUUCCAGCGAAGCCUCAGUGCUCACAUGCUGAUUCAUACAGGUGAGAGACCCCAUAUCUGUGAUGUUUGUGGAAAGGGUUUCACCUUGAAGCAGCUCCUGAGGAACCAUCAGCGUCUCCACGCUGAUUUGCGUCCGUUCCGCUGCGACCAGUGCGGCAAAAGUUUUUACCGAGCUCAUGGCCUGAAGUUGCACCAGAGGGUCCACACUGGUGAGCGAUUGUAUAACUGCCAUUACUGCAACAAAGGCUUCACGAUACCAGGUAACCUGCAGCGCCACCUGCGCAUUCACACCGGCGAAAAGCCGUACAAAUGCAACACGUGCGGCAAAAGCUUCAACCAGGCGGAUACGCUGAAAGGCCACCAGCGGUUGCACACGGGGGAGCGUCCCUUCAGCUGCGAGACCUGCGGUAAAUCUUUUAUCCAGAAAAACGCCUUAAAGAUGCACCAGAGGACGGCUCACCUGGACGAGACCAAGCUCACCUGCGUCGCCUGCGGCACGGUGGUGUCUUGCAUCGAGUCUCUACGCAAACACAUCCAGACACACUCGGCGACCAUUCCGUGCAGCUGCUUGCAAUGCGAGCAGAACAUCUGUUCCAUCACCGAGCUGCGCGAGCACCAGCAGCAGCACACGCUGGAGCGGCCUCACAGCUGCGGCAUCUGCGGGAAGAGCUUCAAGUCGGCCAGCUACCUGAAGAUCCAUCUGAAGGCGCACAGCGGCGAGAAGCCGUACGCCUGCGAGAUCUGUGGACGUCUGUUCACGCAGCAGAGCAGCCUGAAGUCCCAUCAGGUUGUCCAUACUGGCGAGAAGCCGUUCAGCUGCGACACGUGUGGGAAAUCCUUCGGCAACACGGGCAACCUGAAAAGGCACCAGCGCAUCCACACGGGCGAGAAGCCGUUCAGCUGCGACAUCUGCGGACGCUGCUUCAACCAGGGCAACAGUCUGAAGGCUCACCAGCAGAUCCACACCGGAGAGAAGCAGUUCAUAUGCGACAAGUGUGGGAAGAGCUUCUCCUACCUGAGGAACCUCAAGGAUCACAAGUGUUUCUACGUGUGAUACGAAUUUGUGACCGAACUUUUCCCAGACUUCGGAACCGCCUUCUGGCCGCCUGGCUUACAGAACAGCAGGUUCUGGGUCCGUUUUGUGUCUUUCUGAUUCUGUUUUAGCACAAGUUGGAUAAACAAGUUAACAGGAAACACUGUAUUUGGUUUUACUUGAGCUGUAAAAGAUUUCUUCUGUUAAAAAAUAAAAAUUGGGAAGAUGUUACGUUCACAAUGCUGACUCAUCAACAGCCCAUUCAGAAAAAAAGCCAAACUGUUAUUUGUUUUUUACUUUUGCAGCGGUAAUCGGUUCCUCAACAUGUUUCUAGGCAGCUGGCUGCAGGAAACAGGCGUCUAACUCAGUCUUGAAAUAAUUCGGUCAUUAGCCGAACUCUUCACAAGUAGACUGAACUGUUUUCCUAAGGGACUGGAAGCCCCCGCUUAAGUGUUUUAAAGGUUUUAAUUUUCAGAUUGAUCCUUUAAUGUUUUUGUGAUCAGUUCUCUAAACAUAAUAUGUGUUGAACCUUUUCCAGGCUGUGGUGAAUCUGACGCUCUGUG